AUGUCCGCUGAAAGCCCCGGCCCGAAGCAAUCCGGCUUCAAGGCAUUCUUCACAAAUGCCCUCCGUCCAAAAAAAUCCCGCCAAACCCUCCGCAAAGGCAGCUCUCGAUCAAUGACAGACCUACGCCUUUCCACAUCCUCGCGACCCAGCACUGCUGAUGCACCUCCAAUGCCAGACCUGGCACCACUCCAGGCCCACCGCCUGAAAUACAGACAAGCCCACGCGAACCUGGAUACACAGCUAGGAGAGCGCAGCGAUUACACCACCAUCAUCCACUCCAUUGGCGUGCUGGAUGCUGACGAUACUUUCGUUGCAGCUGGGCUGGACAGCGAAUACCGCGAUCCCGGCGAGGGCGAUAUCGCAAAGCUCACGCCGGAGCUCUGGGCAAAGAUUGCGGGAUACCUGGAUCCGGCUGAUGCGGCCUCGUUGGCGCUUUCUACUAUCACGCUUUACCGCCGACUGGGAAAGAAGUAUUUCACUGCACUGAGUGUGCCGGAGAAUUUCGAUUAUAAGAUGCGGUUCCUUGCGGGUAUUGAUCAGUCGCUCCCGCAUCAUCUACUCUGCUUCCCAUGUGGGAAAUACCACCGACGUACAGCGGAGGGUACGGAACGACUUCGACCAUCGCACGUUAUUAAUCCGCUUUUCAAUUGCCCCGAAGCUAUGAAUUCGUCGAAUCCACCGCCCCGACACCGUAUAACGCAUGGCCGUAUGCUCCCCUUCGCAUUCGUGCAGCUGAUCAUGCGCGCAUACCGCUUCGGACCCAAAUACGGCAUUACAACCGAUACUAUGAAUCGACGCUGGACAAGAGAUGGAUGGACACAUGCCUCCCGAUUCAUUAUCCACGAAGGCAGACUCCUCAUGCGCGUAAAAAGCCAGGCAUGCGCUGACCCCGAUAUGCCACCCUCUCUCGUCCGGAUCCUGCUACACUCUCGUGAAGACUACUGGCCGUAUUUCAGCGCUUGCGCGCACUGGCGCGACGGUGUACUCAUGCCCGCUUGUCGAUGCGCGCUGGAACAUAUACCCAAACCUAGAAGUACGGGCGGAUUACAAGGGAUGGAGCAUAAAGUCAAGGAUAAGUGGACGGGAUAUAAAUUUGAUCCGAACGCUUUGACGACGCUGUGUGGGUUCUGUAGACCCAUGCGCCGGUGUCCGGAGUGUCCCACUGAGUAUCUGAUUGAGGUCAAACUUACGGAGGAUCGGAGUGAUCCGAAAGCAAUGGUGUUUCGGCAGGCUAUUGUUGUUACGCAGUGGACUGAUCUUGGAGAUGGGACUUUGCCUAGUGGGCCUCAGUGGGGCUCUAUUAAUGGCACUAGGGAUGAUUAUGAUUCGUUUCAACAUCCUCAUUAUGCGAAGAGAGGUCUUGCGAGUAUAUUCGAGGCGGCGAUCACAGCCGAUACGUUACCCGGUCAGAGAGUUCUUUCGUUGAAUCCGAAGCAAAAGAAGUUAGGCGAGAAGGGGCAUGAUUGGUAUUAG